UAUCAUUCUGUCUUAUUUUAGCUCAAAAUGGAAUCCCAAUCUAUAUACCCUCAUUCUGCCACCUUAUUUGCGGCUACAUGUGCAUGUUUAUUUAUUGUUGUGGGAAUUUUGGGAAAUCUAGUAACAAUGUUUGCCUUAAUGAGAUCGCCCAAAAUAAGAUGUCAUGCAACUACAGCCUUUGUCUUGUCAUUAUGUAUUUCGGACUUGCUUUUUUGCUCUUUUAGCUUACCAUUGACAGCAGUACGUUUUUUUAAAGAGAAAUGGACAUUUGGUGAAAGUCUUUGUAAAAUAUUCCCCGUUAUAUUUUAUGGGAAUGUUGCUGUAUCACUCCUGAGUAUGGUCUGUAUAACAGUUAACAGAUAUAUUCUGAUUGCUUGUCAUAAUAUGUAUGCGUCUAUUUACAAAACUAAAUUUAUUGCUAUACAAUUAAUUUUUGUUUGGGCUGUUUCGUUUUUAUUACUUCUGCCUGCUGUUUUAGGAAUUUGGGGUGAAAUGGGUUUGGACGAAAUCACGUUUUCUUGCACAAUUUUGAAAAAAAAUGGAAAAUCUAUAAAAAAAACCCUUUUCCUAAUAGGAUUUUUGUUGCCCUGUUUGGUAAUUAUUAUUUCAUAUACAUGUAUUUAUAUUAAAGUGUUAAAACAGAAGAAAAGGAUGAUAAAUCACCGACAAUAUGUUGUAUCAACCAAGGAGCAUAUUUUUAACACAAGAAAAAGCAGAGAAGAUAACAGAUUAACAUUAAUGAUGGUCACGAUAUUUGUAUGUUUUCUCGUUUGUUUUUUGCCACUUAUGUUAGCAAAUGUCGUGGAUGAUGAACGAAAUACGUCAUACCCGUGGUUACAUAUUAUUGCAUCUAUAAUGGCUUGGGCUUCAAGCGUAAUAAAUCCUAUUAUUUACGCUGCUAGCAACAGAAAUUACAGAAUUGCAUAUUUCAAAGUAUUUUCUAAUUUAAAAUUUUGGGGGGAGCCGAUGUCCCCUAUGCCCAGUAAAAGCUUUCAACCAAGCAAAAAUUCCAAGGAUUUUUCUGCAGCAAUUCGAAGCACUCCGUUAUUCCAGACAACAAAAUUAAACAAUAUUAGAGAAGGAUGCGACACAUACUCAAUUUAAUCAAGUCUUUUGUCAUAAACAUAAAUAAAAUAAUUUUUUCAACAUCCUACCUACCUAUAA